UUCCUCCCUCCCUUCCUUCCUCCCUCCCUCCCUCCCUCCCUCCCUCCCUCCCUCCCUUCCUUCCUUCCUUCCUUCCUUCCUUCCUUCCUUCCUUCCUCCCUUCCUUCCUUCAGAGUCCGGGCCUGCGGCCUCCUCCUCCUCCGCCUCCUUCGGAGGAAACGGGAUUUUUGGCUGAGAAUUUCGGUGUAGAGCCUGUGGAGGGAUUUCCUUCCCUUGAAAGAAAGAAGAGGAGGAAAAACAUCUUGGAUACGGUUGGGUUCUUCACCAGAGUGGUUCCAAUAUGGAGAGACCCAACUCACGUGGGCCUGAAGCAGGACCUGGGGGCAGUGGGGAGUCCUGGGAAAGAACCAGACAUGAGUCCCUGAGUGUGGACCUUGACAGCUCGGACACACAGCGCCAGCGCUUCAGGCAGUCCUCCUACCAAGAGGGUGAAGGACCCAGAGGGGUUUGCAGUCGUCUCCACGAUCUGUGCCGCCAGUGGCUGAAGCCAGAGCAGCACACCAAGGCCGAGGUGCUGGACCUGGUGACCCUGGAGCAGUUCCUGAGCAUCCUGCCCCCAGAGAUGGGGAGCUGGGUCCGAGAGUGUGGGGCAGAGACCUGUUCCCAGGCGGUGGCCCUGGCGGAAGGCUUCCUCCUGAGUCGGGCCGAGGACAAGGAGCAGGAAGGACAGGCUCAUAACAAUAACUCCAUGGAAGUCCCUGCACCAGAGGAAUCUCCACCAGACACCACCCAGAGUCUCAGGCAGAAGGAGCUGAAGCGGGAAGGAGACGGGGCUGCCGCCUUGCAGGGUGAGAAGGAACUCUUCUGGGAGUUUUGGGGGUUUGUGCUUCAGGAGGAUGUUAAAUAAAUAAAAUUAUUGUUGUACUUGUUGUUGUUAUAUGUAGGCAUUGGGUUGCUAACAGUGUGAUUUCAGUUCGAUUUGUAGUUUUCCUUCUUGCAAUAGGACUAAAUAUUCAGCCCUUCAGUGUCUUCCCAGGUGGGACCUAAGCUGAGCUGAGCCCUGAAACUGAGCUGGAAGAUAAACAGACAGCAAAGGAUCACUUUAGUCAAUUGAAACACCAUGCCCAGUGCUAGUUUCAAUUGAACAUCCUCACAGCACUGUUGCGAGAUAAAGUCCUAAACCCUAACAUCGUACAUCUUCUUGGGCUGUUGAAUGCGCCUGUGUUCUUAGGGUCGUUUCCUCAUCGGUCUCUUUAUAGGACUGCAAUGGUCACCUCUGAGGCUUGUUUCUGUGACCAGCUUUCCACCCCUUGCUCUCUCUCCAGGGUCUGGAAUGAUGCUGUUGCCGAAUCCUCAGCCGUUUCUCCCCCUUUGCGAUGGAGUGGGACUGAGUCAGGGCCCAAUCGCCUUUGAGGACGUGGCUGUGGAUUUCUCCCUGGAGGAGUGGGUUCUCCUGAAUCCUGACCAGAAAGCCUUGCACAAGCAGGUCAUGGAGGAGAUGAAUGGGAUUGUGGCCUCUCUCGUAGGUAACGGGGAGAAGAGCCAUUUAUGCAUCAAAUGCAGGAAGCAUUUGGGACUCAACGGGGGCCUUCGUAGACACCAGCAAGCCCACAGAGAAGAUGGAGGUUCUGCCAUAGAAAGGCCCAACAAAUGCAAUGUAUGUGGGCAAUGUUUUACUCAAAAUGUGGCACUUGUGCUUCACAGGACACUCGAUGUUGGGAAAAGCCAUUUUAAAUGGAAAGUAUCAGCAAAAUGUGUGGUGAAAUACGAGAAAUUUCACACAGGUCAGGACCCAUACAGAUGCCAGGAGUGUGGGAAGUGUUUUGCUUCCUGUUCAGCCUUGGUGAGGCACAAAAGACUCCACACAGGAGAGAAACCAUACCAAUGCCAGGAGUGUGGGAAAUGUUUUGCUUCCAGUUCAGCCUUGGUGAGCCACAAAAGACUUCACACAGGAGAGAAGCCAUACCAAUGCCAGGAGUGCGGGAAAUGUUUUGCUGACAGUUCAGCAUUGGUGAGCCACAAAAGACUUCACACAGGAGAGAAGCCAUACCAAUGCCAGGAGUGUGGGAAAGGUUUUGCUUCUAGUUCAAACUUGGCGAGCCACAAAAGACUACACACAGGAGAGAAGCCAUACCAAUGCCAGCAGUGUGGGAAAUGUUUUGCUUCCAGUUCAGACUUGGCGAGGCACAAAAGAAGCCACACAGGAGAGAAGCCAUACCAGUGCGAGGAGUGUGGGAAAUGUUUUGCUUCCAGUUCAAACUUAGUGAGCCACAAAAGACUCCACACAGGAGAGAAGCCAUACCAAUGCCAGCAGUGUGGGAAAUGUUUUGCUUCCAGUUCAGACUUGGCGAGGCACAAAAGAAGUCACACAGGAGAGAAGCCAUACCAAUGCCAGGAGUGUGGGAAAUAUUUUGUUUCCUGUUCAGCCUUGAUAACGCACAAAAGACUUCACACAGGAGAGAAGCCAUACGAAUGCGGUGAGUGUGGAAAAUGUUUUACUCAGAGUUCAUCCCUUGACCGGCACCAGAGAACACAUACAGGCUAAAAAAAACAGCCAUUGUGUAAUCCCCCAGCCCUUCUUUUCGCCGUUCUGCCGUUAACGGUCAUUCCCGAGACCCGCCAAUGGGAAUCCGCCUUCCUCCCUGACGUCAUCCGUUUCCGGGCAGAAUCCCCCAGCCCUUCUCUUCGCCGUUCUGCCGUUAACGGUCCUUCCCGGGAUCCGCCAAUGGGGAUCGGGCUCCGUCUGGCCGCGUCACCGGUCUCCAGGCAGACCCUGCCUGAGGGUCACGGUCGUUUCCUCAUCGGUCUCUUUAUAGGACUGCAAUUGUCACCUCUGAGGCCUGUUUCUGUGACCAGCUUUCCACCCCUUGCUCUCUCUCCAGGGUCUGGAAUGAUGCUGUUGCCGAAUCCUCAGUCGUUUCUCCCCCUUUGCGAUGGAGUGGGACUGAGUCAGGGCCCAAUCGCCUUUGAGGACGUGGCUGUGGAUUUCUCCCUGGAGGAGUGGGUUCUCCUGAAUCCGGACCAGAAAGCCUUGCACAAGCAGGUCAUGGAGGAGAUGAAUGGGAUUGUGGACUCUCUCGUAAAUAACGGGGAGAAGAACCAUGUAUGCACCGAAUGCAGGAAGCAUUUGGGAUACAACAGGAUCCUUCUUCGAGACCAGAAAGCCCACAGAGAAGAUGGAGAUUUUUCCAGAGAAAGGCCUGACAAAUGCAAUGUAUGUGGGCAAUGUUUUACCCAAAAUGUGGCACUUCAUAAGACACUCGAUGCUGGGAAAUGCCAUCUUAAAGGGAAAGUAUCUGCAAAAUGUGUGGUGAAACACGAGAAAAUUCACACAGGACAGGAACCAUACAGAUGCCAAGAGUGUGGGAAGUGUUUUGCUUACAGUUCACAAUUGGUGAGGCACAAGAGACUCCACACAGGAGAGAAGCCAUAUCUAUGCCAGGAGUGUGGAAAACGUUUUGCUUCCAGUUCAGGCUUGGUGAGCCACGAAAGACUCCACACAGGAGAGAAGCCAUAUCUAUGCCAGGAGUGUGGAAAACGUUUUGCUUCCAAUUCAGCCUUGGUAAGGCACAAAAGACUCCACACAGGAGAGAAACCAUACCAAUGCCAGGAGUGUGGGAAAUGUUUUGCUUCCAGGUCAGACUUGCUGAAACACCAAAGACAGCACACAGGAGAGAAACCAUACCAAUGUCAGGAGUGUUGGAAAUGUUUUGCUUCCAGUUCAGCCUUGGUGAGCCACAAAAGAAUCCACACAGGAGAGAAACCACACAAAUGCCAGGAGUGUGGGAAAUGUUUUGCUUCCCGUUCAGCCUUGGUGAGCCACAAAAGGCACCACACAGGAGAGAAGCCAUACCAAUGCCAGGAGUGUGGAAAAUGUUUUGUUUCCUGUUCAGCUUUGGUGAGCCACAAAACACUCCACACAGGAGAGAAACCAUACCAAUGCCAGCAGUGUGGGAAAUGUUUUGCUUCCAGUUCAGCCUUGGUGAGGCACAAAAGACUCCACACUGGGGAGAAGCCAUACCAAUGCCAGCAGUGUGGGAAAUGUUUUGCUUACAGUUCAGACUUGUUGAAGCACAAAAGACACCAUACAGGAGAGAAGCCAUACAAAUGCCAGGAGUGUGGGAAAUGUUUUGCUGAGAGUUCAGCCUUGGUGAGGCACAAACGACUUCACACAGGAGAGAAGCUAUACAAAUGCCAGGAGUGUGGGAAAUGUUUUGCUUCCAGUUCAAACUUGGUGAGCCACAAAAGACUCCACACAGGAGAGGAUACUUUUUCUGAGUCCAUGCCUAGGUCCCCAGGGGACAUGCAGAAACCCAAAGGUCGUUUCCUCAUGGGUUUCUUUAUAGGACUGCAAUGGUCACCUCUGAGGCCUGUUUCUGUGACCAGCUUUCCACCCCUUGCUCUCUCUCCAGGGUCUGGAAUGAUGCUGUUGCCGAAUCCUCAGCCGUUUCUCCCCCUUUGCGAUGGAGUGGGACUGAGUCAGGGCCCAAUCGCCUUUGAGGACGUGGCUGUGGAUUUCUCCCUGGAGGAGUGGGUUCUCCUGAAUCCGGAUCAGAAAGCCUUGCACAAGCAGAUCAUGGAGGAGAUGAAUGGGAUUGUGGACUCUCUUGUAGAUAACGGAGAGAAGAGCCAUGUAUACACUGAAUGCAGGAAGCAUUUGGGACACAACGGGGGCCUUCAUCGAUACCAGCAAGCCCACAGAGAAGAUGGAGGUUCUGCCAGAGAAAGGCCUGACAAAUGCAAUGUAUGUGGGCAAUGUUUUACCCAAAAUGUGGCACUUGUGCUUCACAGGACACUCGAUGCUGGGAAAAGCCAUCUUAAAGGGAAAGUAUCAGCAAAAUGUGUGGUGAAAGAUGAAAGAUUUCAUGCAGGUCAGGAACCAUACAGAUGCCAGGAGUAUGGGAAGUGUUUUGCUUACAGUUCACAAUUGGUGAGCCACAAAAGAGUCCACACAGGAGAGAAGCUAUACAGAUGUGAGGAUUGUGGGAAAUGUUCUGCUUCCCAUUCAAACUUGUUGAGGCACAAAAGAGUCCACACAGGAGAGAAGCCAUACCAAUGCCAGGAGUGUGGGAAAUGUUUUGCUUCCAGUUCAAACUUGGUGAAACACAAAAGAUGCCACACAGGAGAGAAGCCAUACCAAUGCCAUGAGUGUGGGAAAUGUUUUGCUGACAGUUCAACCUUGGUGAGCCACAAAAGACUCCACACAGGAGAGAAGCCAUAUCAAUGCCAAGAGUGUGGGAAAUGUUUUGCUUCCAGUUCAAACUUGGUGAAACACAAAAGAUGCCACACAGGAGAGAAGCCAUACCAAUGUCAGGAGUGUGGGAAAUGUUUUGCUGACAAUUCAAUCUUGGUGAGCCACAAAAGAAUCCACACAGGAGAGAAGCCGUACAAAUGCCAGGAGUGUGGGAAAUGUUUUGCUUCCAGUUCACACUUGGUGAGGCACAAAAGAUGCCACACUGGAGAGAAGCCAUACCAAUGCCAGGAGUGUGGGAAAUCUUUUACUGAGAGUUCAACUUUGAUGAUCCACAAAAGAAUCCACACAGGAGAGAAACCAUACAAAUGCCAUGAAUGUGGAAAAUGUUUUUCUCAGAGUUCAUCCCUUAACCUGCACCAGAGAACACAUACUGGCAACAAAAAACAGCCAUCGUGGGUAAAUGUCUGAUUUCAAACAGGACCCUUUGAGAAGUUCUGCGUCAGAUUUGGUGGAGUCCCCGUUCUUGUCAUUUGAACCUGUAAGUUGGAGGUCUGUUCUCUGGAGCAGCAGAAAGAAAGCUCUGUGUGACAGUCCUUCAGAGCAGUGGUUCUCAACCUGUGGGUCCACAGAUGUUUUGGCCUUCAACUCCCAUAAAUUCUAACAGCUGGUAAACUGGCUACUGGUUGAUGGUUGUUGUUCUUACGUUGUUGUGAUGUUUGUUGUUUGGUUUAAUUGGUUUAAUGAUUGAAAAUAUAAUUGUAUAUUCAUUGUGCUAUAUUUUAUUCUGUUUUUGCUGGGCGUAGUCCCCACGUAAGCUGCCCCGAGUCCCUUCGGGGAGAUGGUGGCGGGAUGUAAAAAAAAAGUUGUUGUUGUUGUUAUUAUCAUCUAUACACAUGAUAAAAGUGAAAAUCUGUAUGUGUGUAUAUGGCAGGGAUGUCCAUUUACACAGACAGGCUCCCACGUCCACAAAUAGCCAUAGCUCCCACUACGCAGGAGAAACCAGUGGCCCUUCCUCCAACGAUAUUGCCGGUUAUAGCGAGUGCUGAGAAAAUGCCCAAGCGCCCUGCCAAUGUCAUCCACAAACACCAUCCUGCCCUCCACCCAAGGGAAGCUUUCAUACAAGGACAAUUUCCUUCUACAUCUUCUGUUUUUUCUCCACCAGACACCCCAGUGUUUCUGACUCUCUCCAUUGGUGUGGAAUUUGCAUGACCCCGCCCACUGCCUCUCCCAUAACCCUUCCCUAGUAUGUAUGUUUCUAGUAGGUUCAACAAUUUUAUUCAUUUCGUGUCAAAAGCAUUGGACAACAAAUACAUUUCAAAAUGAUGGGAAAAAAGGAAAUCACAAGCAACUAAAUAGUUUUGGACCAAAAGCGAGCAACAGCAACCGCAUUGUCCGUAGCUUUAAACAGCUCCUCCUCCGUACAUGAGGCAGGGCAUUGUGGGCAAGCAUACAUAUGUGGAGUUGUUUGUUCAGCUCCACAGUCACACAAGGUGGAGGAUUCCUCCAGGUAGUGCCACCUUGCCAGGUUCCCUUUGGAUCUGCCCACUCCGCUUCUGAGUCUGUUCAGGGACUUCCAAGUUGCCCAUUCUUGGUUUGCCCUGGAGGAAGGAAGACCCUCUUGGGGGGCCAUCCAGUCAGAAUUGCCAGGUUUAGCUGCCCAGAGGGACACCCUUGUUGCUGCUGGAGGAACAUCAAGAGGAGGGAGUGGUGGUUCUCAUGAAGCCCUUCCUUGAUUUGAGUCUGGUGGGAGGAGGGUGAUAGUCAUGCAGUGGGUGGCUUUCACAAUGUUCGACCUUAUUUCUCUCACCGUUAGCAGCAACUUCCCGUCGCACGUCAGGAGGGGCAAUGCCAGCUAACUUGUAGAGUUUAUCAACAGGUGUCGGUUUAAGGCAUCCCGUGAUGCUUCUGCAUGUUUCAUUCAGUGCUAUGUCCACCUGCUUCGCAUGGGCAGACUUGUGCCAGACAGGACAGGCAGACUCUGCCGGUGAGAAAGACAAGGCCAGGGCUGAUGUUCUUAUUACUUGUGGGUCUGCUCCCCAUACGCUGCCAAUCAGUUUCCGCAGGAUGUUAUUGCGUGCAGCUACUUUGUGCUUGGUGUUCAUGCAGUGUUUCCUAUAUGUUAGUGUUCGAUCUAAGGUGACACCAAGGUAUUUAGGAUGGAAACAGUGUUCGAGCUCUUGGCCUUCCCAAGUCACUUUCAGUUUCCUGUUGGCUUCACGGUUACGUAGGUGGAAAGCACACUUGUGUCUUGGCAGGGUUGGGCUUCAGGUGGUUCUCUUUGUAGUAGCUGGAGAGGUCUUUCAAGGCAUUGGUGAGUUGCUUUUCAACUGUUUCAAAAUCUUUUGCUUGUGUUGUAAGGCCAAGGUCAUCAGCAUAUAUAAAGCUCUUUGUGAGCAGUGGUUGUGGCUGAUCGUUCGUGAAGAUAUUAAACAAGGUUGGUGCAAGAACGCUGCCUUGGGGUAAACCAUUCUUUUGCCUCCUCCAUCUGCUUUUCUGGCCCUGAAACUCCACAUAGAAGCUGCGGUUUUCCAGGAGGGUCUGGACAGUUUUUGUAAAGUCAAAGUCCUGGGUGAUAUGGUAGACUUUAUGCAGCAUUUUUCUAUGUUGCACCGUGUCAUAGGCUGCCGUAAGGUCCACAAAGACUGUUCCCGUGAUGCAGCCUUUCUCGUAGCCUUCCUCGAUAUGCUCAGUCAGAUGAAGAAUUUGACCUGUACAGUUUUUCCCUGGUCUGAAACCUGCUUGUUGUGCAGCAAUUGUGCAGCAAAAUGUUCAACAAUUGAACAUACUAGAGAGAGAAAUUUGGGGAGAAUUCACCAUCAUUUAUAGGACUUGUUGAGAUUGGGAUGUAUAGUCCACCUGCAAUCUAAGAACACUCUGAUCUCCACCUGGAAGUAACUUGGCACAAAAAAGAAAAUGGGUUCACCUGGAACUACAAAGACAAGUAUCCACUAUUACAGUAAUACAGAAAUCGUUUUAGAUGUCAUUAAACCUAAAUUUAGUUCAAUACAUCAAUAUGAAUAUAGAUACAAAAGGCGCUGCUAAACAAUCAAAGGACUGUUACAUUCACAGUAAAAACAAUAUUUUUCUCUUGAAGGAUGAAUUUACUCCUCUUCUCAUGAACAAUAAAUGUUCUUUAGUUCUUUAAUUGUUCCAAAUACACAAAUUGAGUCCUCUUCUUAUAUAUAAUAAUUGUUCUUGUUUCUUUAUUAUGGAUAGUAGACUCCAAAACCACAACCUGUUUCAACCCAAAAGAGUCUUCAUCAGGUGGAUUGUAGUCUUUUUUUCAGUUUUUUUUUCGAGUUUUUUAAUGUGAAUCCUAUAGGGAACAUAUAUAGUGGCUACAAGUUAUUUACAAUACAUAUAGUUACAUGAGACAUACACGAUGCAUAACAAAGAUAAUGUAAAAGUCAUACUCACAGAAAGAUCUAUAUUUUAACAUGCAUACUCUGCAAGCAGUUUGAUUCCAAUGCGAGUAUGAAGCUGAGUAACUCAUUUCACUCUCAAAUGGCAAGCACAAUGGUCAGGUGGUUGUAAAGUAAUGUAGUUGCCGUUACUCCAGAGUCACAUUUAAAGGAAGAUUUUCAAUCUUUACAAGAAACAGUCAUAGGAGUUGGUGUUGUUCAACCCCUUGGGAUGUUCCGUUUGGAGUGUGAAAAUCCAAAAAGAUUCACGCUGUAGGAGCUUCGUCUGGAAAUCUAUGCCUUUGGAGGGUGUGACAACUUCUAGAACCUGGACCCAGAGUGAAUCAGGAUUAUGUUUUAAAUCUUCAAAAUGUUUAUAAAAAAUCGAAUCAGUAGAAUAUUUCCUAAUCUUACUUUUGUGUUCUGUAAUACGGACUUUGACUUCCCUGCUUGUUUGGCCGAUAUACAUAAGGGAGCAGGGACAUGUGAUGGCAUAGAUUACCCCCUCAGUGGAGCAAGUGGCGAAAUGGUUUAUUUUAUAUUGAAAUUUAAUGUGAUGAUCCUUAAAAAACUUGGCCUGUACGAAUUGUGGGCAUAUAGAACAAUGAUGACAAGCGAAAUUACCCACCAAGUUGGAUUUGGUAAUGUGUUGUGUGGAAUCUAAAUCUGAAUGAAUCAAAAUGUCUUUGAUAUUUUGUGUUCUCCUGUGGGCGAUAAGAGGGGCAUGUUCACAACCUGGUACGUCACUUACCAAAUUCCAGUAUUUUCUCACUGUUUUUAUUACAUGUUUAGAUAAAUUGGUCAAUGUAAGAGGCCACACUACUCUGUUGUCUCUAGGUCUCAUCUUGUCAUUUAAUAUAGUGGUUCUUGAGACUCUACUUACUUUGUCACCUUUAUUUAUAAAUUGAUUUUUCAAUGCUUAUUUAUUUAUUUAUUACAGUAUUUAUAUCCCGCCCUUCUCACCCAACAGGGGACUCAGGGCGGCUUACAAUAAAACACAUAUAUAAAAUUGUACAAUGCACUAUAAAACAGUUAAAAUUAUUAACUUUUCAAAUUAUGUUUUCAAAUUAUAUUCAAAGUCUUGUGGCAGGGUACAAUUACCCUUAACAUCUGUGCAAACGACAUGGGUUUUGGGGGGAAUUAUUUAUUAUUAUUAUUAUUAUUAUUAUUAUUAUUAUUAUUAUUAUUAAACUUUAUUUGUACCCCGCUAGCAUCUCCUGAAGGACUCGAUGCGGCUUACAAAGGCCAAGGCCUCAACACACAAUAUAACAAUACAAAUAAAGGCAAAUUAAAAGAAUUGACCUUGAUUUAGGGAGUUGUAGUUCUCUACAUCCAAAAACCACUGUGAACCCAGCCUACGAUGGCACACAGACCCAACAUAUCCAACUUUGAAUACUGAUGGCAGUUUGGGGAUGACUGAGCUAGGAAUCCGGGAGCUGACCAACUUUGGAUACAGGCAGGCUUUGGGAAUGGUAGGUCACCCAUAUCAUCAUCAAAUUGUUGAAGUGGGAGUGAUUGUAUAUAGAGUUGUUUAAAUGUAAUUGAGUUAUAGUGAUGCAAUGUGAGCUGGAGAUUGCAUCAUGCACUGUCUGCUGUCCGCUAUGCUAGUGUGUAAAGAGUUAACUGUGUAUUGCAUCAGACAGCAGAGGUGGUUUUAAAUAGCUCCCUGUGUUAUCUCUCUGCUCUCUGCCUAUCUUCACUCUGUCUGUAUAUAUCGUCUUGUGGAUUUCCGUUUAUAAUUAAACCUUUUAUAGAUAGCCAAAA